AUGCUAGCCGAGGCAGGUGGCACCGUUCCCCAUGGACGCGACAGCUCUAUGAGGACAAGCAAUAUCAAUAAUAAUAUAAAUCCCGGCUCUUCGAUCUUAAUAUCCAAGAUGGAAGACGUUGUCAUCCCGUUCUCGUCUGAGGUGCCCUGCGACAAUAAUGGACAGCGCAUGUGGUGGGCAUUCCUCGCCUCCUCCAUGGUGACGUUUUUUGGGGGUCUCUUCAUCAUCCUGCUGUGGAGGACGCUCAAAUAUAUGUGGACUGUUUGCUGCCACUGCAACACCAAACACAAGGAGGCUCAGAAGGUGAUCAAUCCCGCCAACAAUCCGGCAACAGAUAAACCAAAGGGCAAUGAGAAGGAGGAGGUCCCCAUCAGCGAGGUGGGAUGGAUGACUUCAGUCAAAGACUGGGCCGGUGUCAUGAUCUCCGCUCAGACACUCACUGGCAGAGUUCUGGUGGUGUUAGUCUUUGCGCUCAGCAUUGGGGCCCUUGGAAUAUACUUCAUAGACUCCUCGGAUCCAAUAGAAUCCUGUCAGAACUUCUACAAAGAUUUCACGUUACAAAUUGAUAUGGCCUUCAACGUCUUCUUCCUUCUUUAUUUUGGCCUGCGGUUUAUUGCGGCAAAUGAUAAGCUGUGGUUCUGGCUGGAGGUCAACUCAGUGGUCGACUUCUUCACGGUUCCUCCCGUGUUUGUUUCUGUUUACUUGAACAGAAGCUGGCUCGGCCUAAGAUUUCUGAGAGCACUAAGAUUGAUACAGUUUUCAGAAAUUCUACAAUUUUUGAAUAUCUUGAAAACAAGUAACUCCAUCAAGCUAGUUAACCUGUGUUCCAUCUUCAUAAGCACAUGGCUCACAGCAGCUGGAUUCAUACAUUUGGUCGAAAACUCAGGGGAUCCUUGGGAAAACUUCCAGAAUUCCCAGUCCCUUUCCUAUUGGGAAUGUGUCUACUUAUUGAUGGUGACAAUGUCUACAGUGGGCUACGGGGAUGUCUAUGCAAAAACCACCUUGGGGCGCCUGUUUAUGGUCUUCUUCAUUCUUGGUGGUUUGGCCAUGUUUGCCAGCUACGUCCCUGAAAUCAUAGAGUUAAUAGGAAACCGAAAGAAAUAUGGUGGUUCCUAUAGUGCGGUUAAUGGGAGAAAGCAUAUUGUGGUCUGUGGUCAUAUUACCCUCGAAAGUGUCUCCAACUUCCUCAAAGACUUCCUACACAAGGACAGGGAUGAUGUCAAUGUAGAAAUUGUUUUUCUCCAUAAUAUUUCCCCUAAUCUUGAGCUGGAAGCCUUGUUCAAACGCCAUUUUACCCAAGUGGAGUUCUACCAGGGAUCUGUUCUCAACCCUCACGAUCUCGCCAGAGUGAAGAUCGAGUCAGCAGAUGCCUGCCUAAUCCUAGCCAACAAAUACUGUGCAGAUCCUGAUGCUGAAGAUGCCUCCAACAUCAUGAGGGUUAUUUCGAUCAAAAACUAUCAUCCCAAGAUCAGAAUAAUCACACAAAUGCUACAGUACCACAAUAAGGCCCAUCUGCUGAACAUUCCGAGCUGGAACUGGAGGGAGGGUGAUGAUGCUAUCUGUCUGGCGGAGCUGAAGGCAGGCUUCAUUGCCCAGAGCUGUCUGGCUCAGGGCCUGUCCACCAUGCUAGCCAACCUCUUCUCUAUGAGGUCCUUCAUUGAGAUUGAGGAGGACACAUGGCAGAAGUAUUACCUAGAAGGGGUGGCUAAUGAGAUGUACACAGAGUAUUUGUCCAGUGCCUUUGUCGGCCUCACCUUCCCCACUGUCUGUGAGCUGUGUUACGUGAAGCUGAAGCUGCUGCUUAUUGCCAUCGAAUACAAGUCUGAGCAGAGAGAGAGCAGCAUCCUCAUCAACCCGGGCAACCAUGUCAAGUUGCAGGAAGGAACCCUGGGAUUUUUUAUCGCCAGUGAUGCCAAGGAAGUUAAGAGGGCAUUUUUCUACUGCAAAGCUUGUCAUGACGACAUCACAGACCCUAAGCGGAUCAAGAAGUGUGGCUGCAAACGAUUCGAAGACGAGCAUCCAUCCACUCUCUCGCCCAAAAAAAAGCAGCGCAACGGAGGGAUGCGAAACUCACCCAACUGCUCGCCCAAAAUGAUGAGUCGACAUGACCCCCUUCUCAUUCCUGGAAAUGAACAAAUGGAGAGCAUGGACAUGAGCGUGAAGAGGUAUGACUCGACAGGGAUGUUUCACUGGUGCCCAUCAAAAGACAUCGAAAAAGUCAUCCUGACCCGGAGUGAAGCCUCCAUGACAGUACUGAGCGGCCAUGUGGUGGUCUGUAUAUUUGGGGAUGUCACGUCCGCUUUGGUGGGGCUGCGAAACUUGGUGAUGCCUUUAAGAGCCAGCAAUUUCCAUUUCCACGAGCUAAAACCUAUAGUUUUUGUGGGCUCGCUGGAUUACCUGCGGAGAGAGUGGGAGACUUUACACAACUUCCCUAAAGUCUCCAUCUUGCCUGGUACGCCAUUAAGUCGGGCAGAUUUAAGGGCUGUCAACAUCAACCUCUGCGACAUGUGCGUAAUACUGUCAGCCAAUCAGAACAAUAUCGAAGACGCCUCACUGCAGGAUAAGGAAUGCAUCUUGGCGUCACUCAACAUCAAAUCUAUGCAGUUUGAUGACAGUAUCGGGGUCUUGCAGGCUAAUUCCCAAGGUUUCACGCCUCCUGGAAUGGACAGGUCAUCUCCAGACAGCAGUCCAGUACAUGGCUUUGUGCGUCAGGCUUCUGUCACCACCGGUUCCAACAUCCCCAUCAUCACAGAACUAGUGAACGACUCAAACGUUCAGUUCCUGGACCAAGAUGAUGAUGACGACCCAGACACAGAGCUGUACCUCACUCAGCCCUUCGCCUGCGGCACCGCCUUUGCCGUCAGUGUACUCGACUCCCUGAUGAGCGCAACAUACUUCAACGAUAACAUCCUUACGCUGAUUCGGACGCUGGUUACAGGGGGAGCCACACCAGAGCUGGAGGCCCUGUUGGCUGAAGAGAACGCCCUCAGAGGCGGCUACAGCACACCUCAGACACUAGCCAACAGAGACAGGUGUCGUGUCGCCCAGCUAGCUCUCUACGACGGGCCGUUCGCCGACUUGGGGGAUGGCGGCUGCUACGGAGAUUUAUUCUGUAAAGCACUGAAGACGUACAACAUGUUGUGUUUUGGAAUCUACAGAUUAAGAGACGCUCACCUAAAUGCACCGAGCCCGUGUACAAAACGGUAUGUGAUCACGAACCCACCCUAUGAGUUUGAGCUCGUGCCCACAGACCUGAUCUUCUGCCUCAUGCAGUUUGACCACAAUGCAGGCCAGUCACGGACAAGCUUGUCCCACUCUUCCCACUCCUCCCAUUCCUCAAGCAAGAAGAGCUCCUCCGUCCACUCCAUCCCUCCCUCCAGCCGGCAGAACCGCAGCAGUAAGACCCGGGAGUCCCGCGACAAACAGAAGUAUGUGCAUUCACCUUUCCUUUAG